ACUCGGCUGUCAGUGGCCGCCGCCCGGCUGCGGGGCGCCCCUUCCGCCGCGGCUCCGUCCCGCGGUCCCACUUUCCCCGGGCUCUUUUCCUCCUGGCAGGAGGUUCCCGCUCCCUCGGCCGGGGGCUGGGGGAUGUAGCUCUUCCUCCGUCGCUUCCUCGCCGGCACCUCUGGACGGUCACUCCGACUCCGCGCUGGGGGCCAGAGCGGAGGGAGCGGCCGCGAGUGGACCGGUCGAUGGAGGGACCUCGGCCUCCACCCGAACUGACGUUGCUCUUUGGAGUUUCCAGAAGCCCCAGAGUCAGGCCGGGACUCGACAGAGCCUGGGAGGCGGGCGGCCCUCCUAGUCAGGGGCUCGAGGCGCCUGGCCCCUGUGGUCCGCGCGGCUCUGGCUCUCGGUGCUCGGACGCCGAACCGUCCCGGCCGGGCUGAGGGGCGGUCGGCGCUCAGGGGCCAGUCUCGUCCCCGCCCCCGGGGCCCCCGGGUUGUCUGCCGAUCGCUCCCGCCUCCGUCCAAAUGCUCCCACCCCGCCAGCUUCUCUUUCUAGGAAUCACUUUCUGAGACCUGUUGCCGAAUUCCCCACUCACGCAUUCGCGAUCUUUGACCCAGAUGCGUUUUCACUCUCCUUAACGCCCGCCGGAGCUUCUGCUAGGCCGGAUGUAAGGGCAUUUUCGCAAUUCUAAGACGAAGAAGAAAGCUAUUCGUGCUCAGAAAGCUGAGAGGGGGAGAAAUGAUUUGGGACGUCUAAUAAAGGCUUUGGGGGGAGGGCGCACUUCUGGGUUGGACCUUUAAAAGGCAGGAAGGCAGAGCAGUGGCGAUGGAAGGGUGAGGUUGGGCUGUCCGGCAAAGGUGACUGGUAGUAAACAAUUCGAGAACUGGGCCUGAGACCUGCAAAGGAGGGACGAUUGGAUUACUGACUGCAGUCAUAAACAAGGCACCUGUGAUUUCUCCUCCUCUGGGAAGCGACUGCCAGGCGCCGUUCAGUGGACACCCGGGACUUGAGAUGUGGUAUGGUGUGUUCCUGUGGGCACUCGUGUCCUCUCUCUUCUUCCACGUCCCUGCUGGAUUACUGGCCCUCUUCACUCUCAGACACCACAAAUAUGGUAGGUUCAUGUCUGUAAGCAUCCUGUUGAUGGGCAUCGUGGGACCAAUUACUGCUGGAAUCUUGACAAGUGCUGCAAUUGCUGGAGUGUACCGAGCAGCGGGGAAGGAGAUGAUACCAUUUGAAGCCCUCACCUUGGGUACCGGACAGACGUUCUGUGUAGUGGUGGUUUCCUUUCUGCGGGUGUUAGCUACUCUAUAGCCAACACCCUUAUGCCACGAUGGCGAACCUCAGUUUUACAGAAUCCUCAAAAAGAAUACACUACGGAAUGUAGUGUUUUCUUAAUUCUUCAAAUGGAAGAAACUUGGAUGAAGAAAUGUGUGUGAAGGACAUUUCAGCCCUUUCUGUGAUUUGAAGCUCCAGGGAUUGAAGAUCUUACUGGACUCCCACUGUUCUCAACCAAAACAAAUCAAGUUUCUUAGCGCGCCCCCCUCCCCUUUUUUUCCUGGUAUUUCACCAGUUUUAUAGGUAUACCUUUACCCAAGCUAAGUCAGCAAUGCUUCUGGAUUGACAUCCUUUGCACUGAAAUUUAUAAUCUUCUGUGAGAAAAUGCGAUGUUGCAUAUAUGAGAGAAACUAUGAAAAAUACUGGUUGGUUUCUGAGCCUACUGUACUAAAAUCUGAUUUAAUCUAAUCUUGAUUAGAAUUUGGCAGACUCUUCUUUCGCCACAUCUUCAUAACAGUAUGUGCCAAGUAGGUUUUGGUUGAGUAGAGCUUUGAGAACAAAUUUGGUGAAACAGAGCAGGAAAAAACCCUACAACACAAGUAGUGGCUUCAAGUCCACUGUGGAAAGAAAAAGAAGACGAUGUGACACUUUUUGGGAAACUGUCUUGACCUCUGAUUACUGAAUAUAUUUUAAGAGAUGUGAAUCUGUUGUUUUGUACAUUUUAUCAAAAUAAGCUAGCUUACUUAGACUUUUUUUCCUCCAGAGUUUCUGUACCCCUUUCCUUGUCACUUUCAUUCUCUUGAUUUUGGUUAGUUUAAUUGGAAAUAUACCCUAUUAAAUAGCUUGAGAUCAAAAUUUUAAUUUUGUUUAGGAUGCUCUUUGGACAUUGAGGUACCAAAAAUUUUUUUUUUCUUUAAACAUUAUUACAGUUUUUCUUCGUGACUUUGGUUGAAAUUGUUGAAACGCAGCUUAAACUAGGGUAGAGGUUAUUGAUUUCUUAGUCUUAAUAUGGUUACCACUUUUACAGUGUUGGAUGUCACUCCCAGAAAGUGCCUAAAAUUUAAUUUUCAGUUAUGCUUCCACAUUUUACAUUUCCCUUCAAGAGACUCUGUAUCCUUAUAGAGAAUUAAACAUCAGGUUUCUAAAAUCCAAUUUUAGCUAUCUUAAUUUUUCUUCUGCCUAACUUUCUUUUUCAUUAAAAUGCCUGAAAACUGUGACUUUCCAAAGAAAAAGGAUUGUAAAAAUCAGAUGUCUAACUUGAUCCUUACCACCUAACUGUGUUGAAUGGAAUACAUUCGUUCUCUGUUUUCAGAACAGUUUCUGGUCAUCAAACCUGAUGUUUUUAAAGGAAAGUUUUCAUUGCGACAGUAAGGCUAGCAGCCUAUGAGGUCAUGUACACACAAACAGUAUCUAUUCCAUUUAAAGCAAUAUCCACUCCAGCUUCUGAUUAAAAGUAACCAGGAAGACGAACUUGCCAGGGAAAGUUGAAGAGGAAAAAUUACAAAGAAAUCACAAAAAUUAACUGGACAUUUUCUUCUAACAGGCCAUUAGACAGCUUAUCAAAAUUACAGUGACAUAUACUCAGACUCGGUAGAAAAUUACAAGAAGACUUGGAAUGCCAGCAACUGUUUUUACAAAUUCCCCAGCAAGUUCUCUCUCCAAUGCUCAAAUAAUGCUCAAAUGCUCAAGUUUUUCUUUCAAACAAAUGUUGACUUUUUUUUUUUAGAGAUUUUAAGUUAUCUCUAUUCCCAACAUGGAGCUCAAACUCACAACCGUAAGAUCAAGUGUCGCAUGCUCCACCGGCUGAGCCAGGCAGGUGCCCCUAAAUCUUUAAAUAAGACUCCCAUUUUCCAGUUCAAGGAGCUGUGAUUUUGCAAAGUAGCCCUUCAAUUUAAGACAUUUGAGGACAGGGGUGCCUGCGUGGUUCAGUCAGUUGAGUGUCUUACUCUUGAUGUUGACUCAGGUCAUAUUCUCACAGUUC